ACCGGACAGCAAGACGUCGUUCACUUGAAGCAGUGUUGUUUUUCUUCCACUGGAGCUAGGUUGGAUCCACUGACCGGAAUUGAACCGAUUUUAUGGCGGCGAUCGACAAAGUUCGCGUCCUAGUUGUAGGCGAUUCCGGUGUUGGAAAGACUUCGUUAACACAUUUAAUAGCAAAUAAUGAGCCAUUGACCUCACCGGGAUGGACUGUCGGCUGUGCCGUCGAAGUGAAACUUCACGAGUAUAAGGAAGGCACUCCUUCGCAGAAUACAUUCUUCAUAGAGCUGUGGGACGUUGGUGGAUCGAUCAGUCACAAAAACACCAGAGGAGUGUUCUACACUCCAACACACGGCAUUAUCUUGGUGCAUGAUCUGACGAACAAGAAGAGUCACGAGAAUCUGCAGCGCUGGCUAAUAGAGAUUUUGAAUAAGGACGGGAAGGACGUUAUCAAGGGUGGAGAUGCCCUCGACAUUGAUCCGGAGCAGUUUCUUGGGUCAACUCAGUUUAAAAAUUCUCAGAUUCCAAUACUGGUCAUCGGGACAAAGCUUGACAUGCUGGAUGAGAACCAUAAGAAUAAGAUUCUCAACAAAACUACUUCCGGAAGCAUAGCAGAGCAAUGCGGUGCGGAUGAAAUCUGUCUGAAUUCUCAUGAAGCCAGAAGUCUAGCUGCUGGAACUACAGAUUCUGUCAAAUUAUCCCGGUUUUUCGACAAGGUCAUCGAACGUAAGUAUUAUAGCAGGGACACUGGUCGAAAGUAUGCCGGAUCGUACAAUCCAUCGCUUCCCGGACAAUUCAGCACAUUCAGUGCGGCACCUCAACCGAGCCUCUACACCCAGACAUCAUCGGAGACAAUAGCAUAGAUAUUAUCGGAAAAUUGUGAUUGAUUAGUUAACGAAAUUUGCAUGGCUGAAUGAAAAGCAUAUUUAUUAAAA